CAAAAUCCAGUCGACGACUGCCAUUCGGACGUUACGAAUAUACAAAACUCAUAUCUUUUUCUAAUAUCAAAUUCUCGCGACGUGGGUAACCCUGGUAUCCUAUUAAGUGACAGUGGUGUGGUCUGUGGACACUUAAAAAGUUCGUGUUAAUUAACUUUUUAUACGCUAGUGAUGGAAUCGGAGAUCAGCAAAAUGCAGACUAAGAUACCCCCCAAAAAUUUUUCUAUCGAAUCCAUCGUCGGAUUAAACGACAGGAGGUCCCCUGAAAUUGAUAUAGAAAACACUAUAUCGCAAGACUAUUCGAACAAUGAUCAUUCCGAGGAUGAAGAUGUGAAAGUUAGAGAAGGAAAAAUGGGAUAUUAUUUUCCUCAGAAUAGGGUGCCGAAUUUUCCAUUUUUCAUGUCGUACGACAAAAGGGUUAUGAAUGGCUUCCAAGGGGACCAGCAGGGACAGGAAGACUUGAAAAGAGCAAGCCCUGGCAGCGUGAGGAGUGAAGUGGAUAGCGACGGUGUAGACGACAGACCUCAUGAGUCUUUGAGCCCUCAGUCAGAACAGAUGACCAACUCAUCAUCAGCACCAGAUCCAAAUAUAAGGCGAUACCGUACCGCGUUCACGAGGGAACAGUUAGCAAGGUUGGAAAAAGAAUUCAUGAAAGAAAACUACGUUUCUAGACCAAGAAGGUGCGAACUUGCAGCACAACUACAGUUACCGGAAUCUACAAUCAAGGUAUGGUUCCAAAAUCGUAGGAUGAAGGACAAAAGACAACGCAUAGCUGUCGCGUGGCCCUACGCGGCUGUAUACAGUGACCCAGCGUUUGCUGCCUCCAUUUUGCAAGCGGCCGCGUCUUCCGUAGGUUUACCUUACGGCUACCCUUCCCCCGCCCUCAUGCCCCCGUUCCACAACCCCCAACUUCUACCCUCCAGCUACCCCUACCCAUACCCCACUUACCCCCGUUACCCUUACAUACCCCCGACUCCCCCCUCCCCAGUAAACCCCGAAGCAUCAACCCUAAGGCCCUCAUAUCCCAACUUUAAUAUAAACCUAGAAAAAUAAAUGUAAAGAAAAAGAAUUUGUAUCUAUUGUAAAUAAGCUUUAUUGGUAACAUUGUGUUAUAAGGUAAUUUAUUUGACAGCUAUGUUCAUGUGUAAAUACUCAUUAGAUAAAAAUAAAAUAUAUUAAAGGUUUGAUUAUAAUAACAAGUACUUAUCAUACAAUAAAAGCAUGAUGUGUUCAAUUAAUUUCUUUCAAUGUUGAGUUUACUAAAUUGUAAAUUAUAUAAUAAGUACUCUUAUCUGUUUUGUGAGUUCUAGAUAUGAAAUGAAAAAUGUGUAAUGUUUCAAUGAAAUCAUUCCAAUAAUUACUUACUCUACUAUUGGAUACUACGUUAACGACUCAUUUACAUUAUUUAAAUGUAAUUAUAGUAUUAAUCUUUGUAAAAUAAAGUAUGGUUAAAGUUUAUUGUUAAACCAAAGCGUUAACAUUAUUCGCCAGUGCAAUAUAAUAUACGUGGCAUUCGAUUCGCUGUAAAUACAUGUAUUGUUUUAAAAUUUGCCUACGUUGUUUGAAAAAAAAAAUCUUGAGAUAAAUAUUGAACUGGAUAGUAAUUAAGGGAAGAUAUAUUAAUUUAAAAUUGUAAAAAAUAUUUUUUGGAUAUAAUUUCUGGCACACUAUAAUAGGUAUAAGGACUGAUCCCAAAUAUUUUUUUUAUAAAAUCAUUCAUAUAUAAUCAUCUUUUAACUAAAUUGGAGCUUUUAAAUGGAUAACAAAGCGCGAUUAAUUUAGAUUUUCCAUUUUUCGCCGUUUUGGUUCGUUGUCGACUGGGGGGUAAGGUGGUCAAUUAGUGUGAUUGAUAUUAAGACAGAGAUAUGUUUUAUUCCCUGUCAAUACGUAUUGCAUGGAUGAUUUUUAAUCAUUUUUAAUAUAAAAUAUUCCAUAGAUUUAAUUAGAAUGUAAGUGAUUGUAAAAAGUUACAUUUAAACAUUAUGAAAAACAUAAAAUGAAG